AUGUAUGGUAGACAUUACAAGUAAUUAAAUUUUUUGUAAAACAUGCCAUGCCUAUAUUCUUGUUUGGCUUGCAGUGCAUGAACCUUUCAACCUUUGGUUAAUAAAGGUGUGUGGAUAAUUGCUCUCUAUGACUUUAUUAUUUUAUUAUUAUUAUUAUUAUGCUUUACAACACAGGCGGUGGAAAACGAAAAUUGAAGAACAAAAAAGGUGAAGUACAUGCAUAGACUGUGCUGAUGGACUGAAGGCAUAAGCCAGCAGCCAGAUAAAACAACAACAAACGCAAAACAUUACAAACUAACAUUAAAAUGCAUUUUGACUGGUAAUUGAGAACACUUGGGGCAUGGACACAGAUAGUGAUAUGAACACAUAUUGUUUGAAUCGAAGUUGGACAUGAAAUGAUCCCAGAAAUAUGCUCGUAACUUGGAUUUUAUUGCAGAAGGAGAAAGAGUUAUAUCGAAGAAAGUUACUUCUACCGAGGGGGUGUUUCAGCUUGUAACUAUGGCCAGCUCUAUAGAAUGACUACAGAACUGGACAAACUCGUGU